AUGAAUCGCUUACACAUUGCUACAGCCACAAAGAAGACCACUACUACCAAGAAAGCAAGCUCGACCGAGCCAGCAGCUCCCGCACCGAAAGCCUCUCGUAAGCGCAAGGCAGAUGGCGAAGCACCCGCCGCCCCAGCAAAGAAAGUCAAGGUUCUCGUGAAGGGACCUGUGCUGAAGGAGCCGCCGACACAACCACUAAAUGUCUACGUCUUUGGCGAAGGCACCGCAGGCGAGCUCGGCCUCGGCACCGCAAAGAACUGCGUUGAUGUCAAGCGACCACGCCUUAACCCGAAUCUCAGCGCGAAAGAUGUGGGAGUCGUACAGAUUGAAGCUGGUGGCAUGCACGCAAUCGCGCUCACAAAAGACAACAAGAUCUUGACAUGGGGUGUCAACGAUCAAGGCACACUCGGUAGAGACACCACAUGGGAUGGUGGACUCAAAGACAUGGACGAAAACGCAUCGGACAGUGACUCCGAGAGUGGAGACGACAACGGCCUGAACCCCAAGGAGAGCACACCAGGGGAGGUCGAUUGGUCACAGACUCAGCUGGCCGAGGGCACGCGCUUUGUUGAGGUUGCAGCAGGCGAUUCUACCUCAUUCGUCCUCACAGAUGAUGGCAAAGUCUACGGUUGGGGCACGUUCCGAAGUAACGACGGUAUCUUCGGCUUUACUCCUGAGCACAAAGUCGCAACUCGACCAGUCCUCAUCUCGAACCUCAAGAAUGUCACCACAAUAAGAGCGGGCGCAAAUCACGCCCUUGCAAUGGACACAAAAGGCGCUGUAUACGCCUGGGGCUCCGGCCAGCAAAACCAACUUGGUCGCCGCAUAGUAGAGCGCACCAAAGCGGAAGGUCUUAUCCCGCGAGAAUUUGGUCUGCCAAAAGGCCCAAAGAAGGGCAUCACUUCGAUCUCGACAGGAGCGUACCACAGCUUCGCAAUCUCAAGAACAGGCGAUGUGUACGCAUGGGGUCUCAAUAACUUUGGCGAGACAGGCAUCAUGGACAAUGCCGGCCAAGACGAUGCAGUAAUCAUGAACCCACGGGUCGUCACAGCCCUAAAGGGGAAGAACAUCACCACCAUUAAGGGAGGUGGUCAUCACUCCCUCGCCGCUACCGAAGAAGGCGACUGCCUCAUCUGGGGUCGCAUUGACGGAUCUCAAACGGGUAUUGCCCAGAGCGAGAUCGACAGUCUCACCGGCGCCGCCAUCAUCAAGGACGAGAAAGAUCGUCCGCGCAUUCUCGCGCAGCCAUACAAGGUCCCCGCCAUCGAUGGCGCCGUCACACACGUCGCAGCCGCGUCCGACCACAACAUUGUCAUCACCAAGCAGGGCAAGGCCUGGUCUUGGGGUUUCUCUGCCAAUUACCAGACUGGUCAAGGCACAGACGACGACGUCAAAGUCGCCACGAUGAUUGACAACACCGCCGUCCGGGAAAAGAAGCUCAACGGCGCUACCACCGGCGGCCAAUUCAGCAUUAUUACCGCGCCUGCCGAUGAAGUCCCAAUGACCAACGGCAUUUAA